AUGUCCAAAGAAUCCCAGCCUUCCGCACCCUCGCAGUGCGUAGGCCCUGAGUACCGGCCAACAGCUCUCAAGCCCACUGCGACCGUCUCAACUCCCCUCACGCAGGAAAAUGUUCACAUUCUACCUCAGACCCCGCAGCUGAUAGCACUUUUGACCAUGAUCCGCGACCACAAGACCGGCCGCGCAGACUUCAUCUUCUACAGCAACCGCAUCAUCCGCCUGCUAGUCGAAGAAGGCCUCAACCACUUGCCCGUUGAAGAGCAGGAGAUCACCACGCCUGUAGGUAGGCCCUACGCGGGUGUCAAGUUCGAGGGCAAGAUCUGCGGUGUUUCCAUCAUGCGUGCGGGCGAGAGCAUGGAACAAGGUCUCCGCGAUUGCUGUAGGUCGGUGAGAAUUGGAAAGAUCUUGAUUCAGCGGGACGAGGAGACGGCUAAGCCGAAGCUGUACUACGAUAAAUUGCCCGAGGACAUUGCGGAUCGGUGGGUGUUGUUGCUGGAUCCUAUGCUGGCUACUGGUGGCUCGGCGCUCAUGGCUAUCGAUGUUCUGAAGUCGCGGGGCGUACCCGAGGAGCACAUCUUGUUCCUCAACCUCAUUGCAAGUCCAGAGGGCGCGAAGAACUUGGCGGAUCAAUUUCCCAAGGUCAGGGUAGUCACUGCUUUCGUUGACCAGGGACUUGACGAGAAGAACUACAUUGUUCCAGGCUUGGGUGAUUUCGGUGACCGUUUCUACACCAUGUAAGAUUCACCCACAGUGUGGCAGGUUAUAUAGCACAUCAUAGCAUAAAGUCGUCUAGGACGUCAGAUCAGCAUGGCAGUAGGAGUUUGAUUUCAAGCAAAUACUUUGAGAAUGAACAGAUUUGGCGAGCAC